CUCCUCCUCUUCCUCAUCCUCUACAGAGUAUCAGCAGUACGCAGUGACCAUCCUAAGAGCAGUGGUAAUGCCUCAAUCUCUGAUGACAUCAACCAGAGAGUCUUCACUGUGACCAUGACUGAUCUGGAGCCAGAGGACUCUAAGACUUACAGGUGUGUUGUGGAGAUCAAUGGAGGACUAGAUAUCAGGAUACAACGGUUCUACCUAUCUGUCACUCCAGGUACUCCAGGACUCUAUGUGGACCAACAGGAUGUGACUGCAGUUGAAGGAGGGAGUGUCACUGUCCGUUGUUACUAUAGUAACUCUGAAGAUAUGAAGUGGUGCAGGAUGGGUGGUGAUUGUGUGUCGUAUUCUGGGAUUUUACAUGGAACAUCAGUGACAUUAAAGCGGACUAGUGAUGCCAACAACAGAAAAGUCUUAACAGUGACUAUGAGUGGACUGAAGAUGGAGAACACUGACUGGUAUUGGUGUGAAGUGGGAGAACUAGAGAUGCCUGUUCACAUCACUGUCAGUCAACAUACUGCAACACAAAUCAUCACUGCUAUCACAACCCAAGCUGAGGGGCACAUGGAGGAAGUCCACCGGAGUUCUUCUAUGUAA